UCGCCAUUAAAAUCAGAAUGACGACGGAAAAGAUAUUGUUGAGAAGGGGUGUGAUCCUGGUCCUGUUCGUCAUAUUUUAUACUGUAAGAUCUGAAAGUAACGUCGCCCUAAGUAAAGCAACAGUUCAAAGUAGUGACCAGGGGAAUCCUAAAUAUGUAGCAAGUAAAGUUGUGGACAACUGUACAGACUUCGAUGCUGGUUGUUGUACACAUACGAGGCAAGGUCUCAAGACGGCCUGGUGGCGUGUUGAUCUGGGAGAGUUGAUGACCAUAACUAGGAUCAAAAUAUAUUACAGAAAUGAUUUUCAGCAAAGAUUGGCAGGAUACCAGCUUUACGCAUCCAAUACAACUAGCACACCACCAAACGGUGUUCUCUGUUACGAGGACACUAGUAGUACUAGAGAUGCUGUACAGUUGGUGGUAACACACCAGUGCCUGCAAAUAGGUCGGUAUGUGACUGUGUACAACUAUAGAAACAACCCAAAACGAUACAGCUGGUAUAGUAAUGACUCUCUUCUGGAGUUAUGUGAGGUACAGGUGUUUGGUUGUUCUGGAGGAUUUCACGGUACAAACUGUUCGAUGAAAUGCAAUAGCAGUUGUGUUGAGUGUGAUCAGCUGAGCGGGGAAUGCACGGAAUGUAAGGCGGGUUUAUACGGAGUGAAAUGCAACAUGACCUGCGGCCAUUGUAGUAGUUGUAUGCAGGACACUGGUGCUUGCGCGACCGAAUGUGAGCCUGGCUACAAAGGGCAAUUCUGCAAUACAAAACAAGCCCAACAAUCCGAAAGUCAACCUCCAGUAGACGUUGGGCCAAUAGUAGGAGCUAUAGCAGGGGUGAUUGCUGUAGCUGUCAUCGCUAUUGUUAUUGUCAUCAUCGUCAGAAGACGUCGCCAGAGUGAUGGUAAACAGGAAUCCUUUACUGAUAUCGGCCGUUCCAAUGUACACAAGAAGACCAUUUACAACGAACCGCUAGACCCAUCUGGCAAAUCUGGAGUUGCAGAGAGAAACGACUACAGUAAUCCAUUAGAUCCAGACGAGCCACACGAGGACACAGUCAAUGUUUAUGUUAACACUGAGGAGGUAGGAAGAGAGCCCGGAUCUAGUGGUAGCGUCUACUAUAAUACCGGUCCUGUUGGAUUUCCUGUCUCCAGCCUCAAAUCUCUUGUCCAAACAAAACUGAAAAACAAGGCCAAGGCUUUCGAGAACGAAUACAAGUCUAUACCGUCUGGAGCUUUACAUGCACAUACCAUUGGAAUGUUACAACAAAACAAAGCAAAGAACAGAUUUAAAACCACAUUUCCCUAUGAUCAUUCCCGUGUGAUACUUGAUACAGUUGACAAAGAUCCACACUCCAAUUACAUCAACGCCAAUUACAUCGAUAGUGUUAGAAAAACUGCGGAAUACGUAGCAACACAAGGACCAAGGCCCGGUACUGUAAAUGAUUUCUGGCGGAUGAUAUGGCAGCUGCAGACCGGUAAAAUUGUCAUGUUGACAAAUAUCAUAGAAGGAGGAAGGCCGAAGUGCGACAAGUAUUGGCCAGAUGAGGGAGAACCUUUGACCACGGCAACUUUCAGCAUCACUAUGGACAGAGAAAGAUCGUAUGCCUUCUACGUCAUCCGCGAUCUUACAGUAUCAGAAAAGAAGACGAAGUCAGUACGUCAGAUACAUCAGUUCCACUAUACCACGUGGCCCGACCACGGGACUCCAGACCCAAAUGAACUCGUUGUCUUCCACCGCCGCGUGAUGAACUACCAGACGGUCUUGACAGGGAAAAUGGUUGUUCACUGCAGUGCUGGUAUCGGUAGAACUGGAACAUUCAUUGCCCUGGAUGCUCUCCUUGAAUACGGAAAGGAAUUCGGACACAUUGACGUCAUGCAAUACAUAAAAACCAUGCGGAAGGAUAGGAUCAAUAUGGUUCAAACUGCAGAACAAUACAUAGCUGUACACCAGCUCCUUAUCGAAGCCUUCGAUAUGCCAGACACCCUGAUUCCAAGAAUGAAGUACCACACGACACUUACUGCUCUCUCCAAUGACGGCCCAACGAACCAAACAAAGCUAAGAAAGGAAUUCCAGCUGACACAGUCUAUGAAACCAGCUUACACUGAGACAGAUUACCAAGCCGCCUUACUACCAUCCAACAAGAUGAAGAACAGGACCUUAUCUGUCCUAGCAGUUGACAAGUUCAGGGCGUACCUUCGAUCACAGGCUACUGGUAGACCGGAUUAUAUCAAUGCAGUGUCAGUGCCUUCCUAUACAUCCAAAUCUGGGUACAUCGUCACACAGACUCCUCUGGAGGACACCGUGGUGGAUCUGUUGACGAUGAUAAUGGACCACAGCUGUCAGACAAUAGUCAUCAUCCAGCCGGAAGAGAUUAAUUGGCUUCCAAGUGAAGACGAAGAUAAAUCUAUCGGAGAUUUUACGUUGGAACACAGGGGGAAAUCUUCAACGAUAGCAAAUGUUGAUUUGCUUGAAAUUGCAAUCGAAAACGCGGUGAACAGCUUUAAUUCCACUGUUCGAGUGUUCCACGUGACUGGAUGGGGUAGAGAAUCAUCAGCCCCCAAGGAUUCGUCCAUGUUGCUUCACCUACUGGAACUUGUUGACAGCAGACGCAAAUCGGACGAUACCAAGACAACAAUAGUCAUGUGUCGUGAUGGCUAUUCCCAGAGUGGGCUGUUCUGUUGUAUCAGUAAUGCCCGAGACCAAAUGAAGAGCGACGAAGAAGUAGAUAUCUUUCAGAUUUCACGUCAGCUGCUUGUGCGACGUCCAGCAUUUGUGACCAAUUUUGACCAGUACCAAUCCUGCUACAACAUGAUCAAAGACUACUUGGAUACCACCGACGUGUACAUGAACUGAUUAAUGAGUACCUGGAAACCAUCAACGUGAACAUGAAGUAAUUAAUGAGUACCUGGAUAACGCCGACAUGCACAUGAAGUAAUUAAUGGGUACCUGGAUACCAACGACGUGUACAUGAACUGAUUAAUGAGUACCUGGAUACCACUACCGAUGUGUAUAUACUUUAGCUUCCAUAGCUUGCAGAACGUGACAAUUUUCCUGUGAAUACCUGAAUCUUUCCAUAUGCUAGCAUUUUUUUUCAAUGACGCGACGACAAUUAAUCAAAACAAAUAGCAAUGUUUUUUUUCUUCUAUCAUGGAUUUCACUCAUUUCGUUAGAAAGUAAUUAUGUUGUAUAUAUGCAUACUGAUGUUUUACAUAUCACUUUUACCAGUGUACGGAAUUUUUUGUUUUCUGUGGGAUGUUUUUAUUUGUUAUUUUUUGACUGAUAUUGAAUCUCAUUCGUUUUCUUAUUAUUUUACAUUGUUAUAUAUAUUUUUGUAUAUUGCAAACAUACUUUAUUUUGCUUUAAAUAGAUUGAAGGUUUAUUGCAGCGUUACAUUGUUAAUUUGUGUAUUUUUAUUGUUAUUUUGUUUUGCUUUUCUU